CUGCCAUUGCUUCCACCGUCUUUCGGUUGUUCCUAUGGUUAAUCCAAUGGCAUUUCAACUAUCGUGGACCGGAUUUGCCACCAGUGACCUUGCUACCUAAGUCGUCGUUACCAGUCGAGUUCUACGUUCCCUGCCGUUGAUCGAAAUGCUCGACGAGAAUCUACCGACAUUUUACCUCAAACCCGGCCAGGAGACUCAUCUCUCGACCCUCUAUCUCCUACAGCAUGGCAACGAACCCCAGCCCGCAUACUCCUUCCGAUACCCGGACCCCUCUUCCCCAGACUCUAAGAACCGCUACGCUGCUGCCCUCUACGACCCCUUCGUUCCUGACGUCGUCUAUGGCGAGGUCUUGAUAGUCCCCGCGUGGACCCAACAGACACUGUCUGUAGAGGCAAUUCGCCAAAACGGCGGAGUAGCACCGCCACCAGAACCUAUAAUCCCCUCCCGGUUCACGAUCCAGCUCUACAACCCUGAUCAGCAGAUUGUAGUGCAAUACAAGCCCAAGACAUGGAAUACCCCGGCCACUUGGACAUUUGAGAUGCCACAGCUCAGUUUCCGCGAGCCGACGGGGUCCACCCUCGACCGCGCUCCGAUCGAUCCCGCCGUCGCAGACCUAACACCCAAGCUCCGCUUCAGCUGGCGCAAAGAUAGCAAGUUGUCGAAGGAUCUCACCUGCUUGCUCUUGGGGAAAACCUCUGCCAUCCCCGAAACCAAGACUAAGAGCAAGGAGCCGGAUAUCACCAUCUCCAUUUUCAAGGCUUUGCGCGAGCUUACCCUCUACGAACCGAACCUUUAUCGCGUGGAAAUGGAGGAUUUCAAGGGGCUAGAGGUUGUCCUAUUACUCGGUGCUAUCACUAUUCGUGACGUCUACUUUAGUUCCCCUAAGGAUGCGUUCCGUGUGUCUAGGCCAUCCUCCGCGGCCGCCUCCCCUACUUCCAAUUCUCCCACGACCAUAGCCCCAGUGCAGAACACGCUACCUGCGGCCCCAAUCGUCAUUGAUACGACGAACAUUCCACCAGGGCCUCAGCCACCACUAGUCGAGAGCCCCCAGCUUCCGAAGCAGAAUGAACAAAAAAGAAAGGAGGACGAACGACGCACCAAGAAACUCCUUGAGGAGGAACAAAAGGCCCGCCGUAGACGCCAGAUGGAGAUCGACAAGGAAACCAAGAGAUUACAGAAGAUCUAUGGAGACGAGGAGAAGAAGGCGCGCGCGCAGACACCGUCCUUACCUCCGCAGCAACCCGCACUAUCCGCGCCGCCCCAACCUCCGCGACCUCGUCCUGCAGCUCCUGCCCAGCGAUAUUAUAACCACCAUCAUCAUAUGCCUCCUGUAUCUCACGGAGGAGUGCAUCCUUAUGGGCAACUGCCGGCCCAGGCCCAGGCGUCGACGACGACAUUAUUGGCGCCGCCUCGACAGCAGUCGACGGUAAACCUGACGCUACAACCAAAGCGUAGCAGUUUCUUUGGAUUCCGACGAUCAUCGGAUGAAGGAAAAUUAUCAAAAAAGCGUAGCUCCAUGUUUUCAUAGCAUUUCCCCCCCUCUUUCUUUCUUUUUUCUUUCUGCAUUGAUUUGUUUCUUACCAUUAGUGGGUGUUAUGUUGAGAUACCAAGUUACCAGGAUACCCCGGAGUUGUUGUUUUUUUUUUUUUUUUUUUUUU